AUGUCUGCAUACUACCAUUACAACGCCCACCCAGCAGCGCACCCCGCCCCCGUGUCGCACAACCACCAUGGUGGCCGAAAUCGCAGAGCUCCCCGUCUUUCUGUGUCCCAACAAGCUCAACGCCAGUUCCGCGGUGUCCGCAGCAUGAAGGAACUCAACGAGACUGCUUCCCUCACAGCCUUCCGAACUAAGUUCGAGACCAGUCGAUCCUUCGACCUUGAAGAUGACAUGGAGUUCUGUCCUGGUUUGUUGACCGAGACUGACUUGGUCUCUAUCUCAAGCGCAUCUGAGCGUUCCUCAUUAGCCAGCAACUCUCCCGACUCUUCUCCCACGCAACACCCCAACACCGUUGCUCCUGGCUUCUCUCUGAACUCAACAUCUCCUGCCUUCAUUCCUCCUGCCUACCAGCAACAGCCCAGCAUGAAGCUUCAUCAGCCUUCCGCCACCCGCGGCCGCAAUGCCAUUCCCAUCAUCAACCCCGCUACUGGCAUUACCAUGUCGAGCCCUCCUCAGUCAGUGUCGCCUGGCAGGAUGCAACAGUCGAUGCGUCGCUGGUAA